AUGAAGAUGAGAUUUUCUGUUCCACUCUGGAUUGCUACUUUUUCUUCUCUCGUUACCCUUUGCCAUGGCUACGUGACCCCCACAGGCCAGUUUUGUCCUCACCGAUCGGAUGCUUGGUGUCAAUACAUGAAUCACCUGGAUGCGGUCAGCAAGGCCCAUCAAGCAUGCUUGGCGACGAAAAACAAUGAUGAUGGGAGUUUGGAGAAACUGGACAACUUUCUCAAGGAAUGGGAUCAGCUGAUGGACUUUGGUCAAACCACCACGGAUUUUCAGUUGCUGGAAUAUCUAUCGGAACCUCACUAUUACAACCAGCAGAUUGCGACGGUGGAACAAUCCAACUUGAUCUCGACCUGUCGCAAACUACUCCACAACCGAAAAGAAUCCAAGAAUGACAGUCAUCAAGAUUCUUCUGUGGCCAAGCUAAUGGCCCAAUUGUCAGCGCUCAAUAAUAGCCACAACAAUAACCAGAAGCAGCAGCAGCCAUCCGAAACAGAAGAAGAGCAGGACACUACUUGUACUCUGAUUGGCACGCCUCCGUCGGACAUUGCCGCUCGACCCUACGAUCCGGCUCAUGUGAAACUCCAAUCCGACGUGGUGCAAGAUGCACACCGACAACUACUCAAAGACCACAAAACGUUGAUUGAACACGGGGCUACGUUUCAGGAACUCCAUCGACGCAACAAGAGAUCCUUCCUCAAAGAACUACAUCACGUCGAAGAACGAUGGGAUAUUGUCUUUCAACGAUUCCAACUCAUGAAUGUUUUGAAUCCAGACUACAUUCAACAAUGCAAUCUAUGGUUGGCCGAUUUGGGGUUGGAUGAAGAACAAUACAAACAGAUUCAUCAAGACAAUCUCAAUUACUUGUGGCAACAGCAGCACGAAGAUGGGAAUGCCUUUUACUGUGGUUGA